GUUUUAUGAUAGUAUGCUUUGUAUUCUUAGCGCUGAUACCAGCGGAUGCGGCUAAUUUAGGUCAAAUAGCAUAUACAGCAUCGAUGGCAUUUAGCGGUUUAAAUAGUGUAGGCAUAAUUAAAAGUGGACAAUUGGUUGCCCGUCAACAUACACAUUUUGUUCUUUCAAUUUUAUCAAUUAUUAAUUGUUUAAUAAUUCUAAUUAUUCCAUUAUUCGUGUCACUUAUUGCGCCAAAUGGUACUGCUGAACAAUGGUCAAUAAUUUUUUAUGUGAUUGUUGGUUUAAUGAUUGUUUGUAAUAGCUUUUUCUUCGUUGUCGGUAAAGCAUCACCAGCACCAUGGACUAAAGUAAACAAUCAUCAUCAGGUGUACAUAAUUAAUCAGCCUGAAACGAUCAAUGCUAUAAUGAAAGAUGGAUAA